UUACUUGCACAUUUGUCAUAUUUAAGAGCAAAGUUUCUAUGGCUACAAAAUUGUUUUAAUGCAUUAAAUAGUAAUUUUAUUGAUGUAGGCACCAAUCUUUUGACCAGCAAAGCCUUGGUAACAGAAGCAAAACAACACUUUCAAUCAUAUAUCGAAGAAGAUGCUACUUGUGAAAAUGCUCAUCAACUCCUUCAGUUGCUCCAGCCUCAUUACUCAUGUUUAAACAUUAACCUUCUUACAAUACCAUGUACUAUCACAGAACCUAUCAAGGAACAGGUAGAAGAAUACAAUGCUAACCUGAAGAUGUUCAAAGAUACCACUAGCCUACUGGAGCUAGCAAUGAUGACUAAAGGAAUGUCUUGUCCUGAUGGUGUUGGCUGUUCAAAGAUUAUUUUAAGACUCAACAAGGCAUGGUGCUCUAGGACAAUUGCUGAAUUAAAUAAAAUGGAAAAUUUUUACUUAUUACCUAUUUCAUCUUUUCUAACACUCGAAGAAGUACAUCGUAGUGCCUCCAACUUUACAUGUGUGUAUCUGCUACCUCAAUUAAACGUUCAGAUAUCAAUAGAAGCAGUUAUUGAACAGACGGUUUCUCUACAUAAGAUAGGUGUAUUUGAGGUUAUGAUUGAUGAUAUUCCUAUCAUGAUGGAAGAUGAAGAUAAAUCGUUUACAUUUGAGGCUGCACUGCAGGAAGCACAUCAAAAUAACAACGAAAGCUUAGUGUUUUUCUUGUUGGAACUUAAUAUUAGUUCACCUCUAAUAAAUGGUAACACUGACCUCAUGAUUGCUAGCAGAAGAGGAGAUAUCUUGACUGUCCAAUUCUUAUUGAAUAAAGAUCCAGAUAUUAAUAUUCAAAAUAAUAAUGGAUCAAAUGCUUUGAUGGCUGCUAGUGCCAAUGGACAUCACCAGGUGGUUGAACUCUUGCUGAGUAAAGAUCCAGAUAUUAACAUUCAAGGUAAUGAUGGAUGGACAGCUUUGAUAAUUGCUAGUCGAUAUGGACAUCACCAGGUUGUUGAACUCUUACUGAGUAAAGAUGCAGAUAUUAACAUUCAAAAUGAUGAUGGAGUGACUGCUUUGAUGUUUGCUAGCGCCAAUGGGCAUCACCAGGUUGUUAAACUAUUACUGAGUAAAGAUCCAGAUAUUAACAUUCAAGAUAAUGAUGGAUGGACUGCUUUGAUGUUUGCUAGUUCUAGUGGGCAUCACCAAGUUGUUGAACUCUUACUGAGUAAAGAUGCAGAUAUUAACAUUCAAAGAAAUGAUGGAUGGACUGCUUUGAUGUAUGCCAGUGGCAAUGGACAUUAUCGGGUUGUUCAACUCAUGCUGAGUAAAAAUCCAGAUAUUAACAUUCAAGAUAAUGAUGGAUGGACUGCUUUAAUAACUGCUAGUCGUUAUGGACAUCACCAGGUUGUUGAACUCUUACUGAGUAAAAAUCCAGAUAUAAACAUUCAAAAUAAUAAUGGAUUGACUGCUUUGAUGAGUGCAGCUUUAUACGGACAUCACCAGGUUGUUGAAUUCUUACUGAGUAAAGAUCCAGAUAUUAACAUUCAAGAUAAUAAUGAUGGAUGGACUGCUUUGAUAACUGCUAGUCACUAUGGUUAUCACCAGGUUGUUAAACUAUUACUGAGUAAAGAUCCAGACAUUAACAUUCAAGAUAAUGAUGGAUGGACUGCUUUGAUAACUGCUAGUCGCUAUGGUUAUCACCAGGUUGUUGAACUAUUACUCAGUAAAGAUCCAGAUAUUGACAUUCAAAAUAAUAAUGGAUUGACUGCUUUAAUGGGUGCAGCUUUAUACAGACAUCACCAGGUUGUUGAACUCUUACUGAGUAAAGACCCAGAUAUCAACAUUCAAAGUAAUAAUGGAUGGACUGCUUUGAUGUUUGCUAGUUCCAAUGGACAUCUCCAGGUUGUUGAACUAUUACUGAGUAAAGACCCAGAUAUCAACAUUCAAAGUAAUAAUGGAUGGACUGCUUUGAUGGCUGCUAGUACUAAUGGACAUCACCAGGUUGUUGAACUCUUACUGGGUAAAGAUCCAGAUAUUAACAUUCAACAUAAUGAUGGAUGGACUGCUUUGGUAGCUGCCAGUGAAUAUGGUCAUCACCAGGUUGUUGAACUCUUACUGAGUAAAGAUCCAGAUAUUAACAUUCAAAGUAAGGAUGGAUCAACUGCUUUGAUGCUUGCUAGUACUAAUGGACAUCACCAGGUUAUUGAACUAUUACUGAGUAAAGAUCCAGAUAUUAAUAUUAAAAGCGAUGACGGAUUGACUGCUUUUACCAUUAUCCUAUUAUGGUCCAAUUUUAUUUCUAGUUUAGCAGUUGAUGACAUACCUGUUGACCAACAUCCUCAUUUUGACUCUCGUAAUUACAUUAAAACAUUAGAACUUUUACUAGACUCUCAUCCUAAUCAUGUUCACACUGUUGGUGGUAUGAAAUUUCAUUCAUUAGAAGUGGCAGUACUUUCCAAUAAUUUUGAUGCAUUUGCAGUUUUAAUGGAGAAAUGUGACAUCACACUUCAAAACAUCAUUAGUGCCUUUACGGUUGCAUGUUGUGCAGGUCAUUCUUCAAUGAUAAUCCACUUGUCUGAGAAAAUAACAACUCUUCCAGAUAAUGAGAGAAACUUAUUAGUAACAGCUGCUGAAGGAGAUUUAGGAACAUUAAUUAGUAUGAUUUAUGAAGUUGGUAUGAGUCCAGAUACUCCACUGGUAGCUGGUAUAACUCCACUAAUGGUAGCAGCUUCAAGUGGACACAUUGAACUAGUUGAUACAUUAAUACAAGCUGGAGCUGAUAUUAACAAAAGAAAUGAUGAAAGAAUGAAUGCACUGGAUAUAGUGAAUGGUGUUGAGUUUUACAAUCGAUCUGAAAUUAAACAGCUAUUAAUCACUAACACUCCAGCUGUUGAACCAGAUCCAGUGUCAAACAAUGAUGAGACAACGAAUAAAAAAUCCACUACUGGUACUGCAAUCAAGUCAAUACUGGGAAUAUUUAAUUCAUUUAUGAAGAAAUCUUAUGAUCCAUACUAUAGCAAGCAAAAAGAAUUGAAAAUACCUUAUGGAACAGUAACUGAUGCACCUUAUUCAGCAAUGACAAGUAACAAUAUGGCCCAGUUUGUGUCUUAAUAAACAAAUGAUUGUUUAGCUUAUAUUUACAUGUACAUGUACAUGUAGUUUUAUGCUUCAAUUUUAGUGACAAAUGUACAUGUGCAAUUAAACGAUGCACAUUAUACAUGUAUAGCUGAUUAUUUUUGUGGCCACACAUGUAGUUUCUGUAAUUACAUGUAUGUUUCACACA